GACAAUCGGCAGAGAUCAUUCGGCAUGCAUAUCAUCAUUUUCUUUCGGAACGUUGGAAUCCCGAAACCAGAGAGCAAAAACGAUCAAUCCACUCCGAUAGAUGCAAUCUCAAGAAGAAAUAUCAGAUUUUUGGACAAUUAUAAGUCCUUUCAAUUCAAAGUUUAUCUGCUUGAUUUUUAACUCCUCCCCUGGACGAAACAAAAGAGCGGUGAAUUGUCUUCAAUCCAGCCCUGGUCAAGCCUCUUGUCCCGGACGAGUUCCGUUCACUGCCCGUCAAUUUUCAAUAAUUUCCCGUCCGUUACGUCCCGAUUCCGUCGCCGACAGGGAGUAAUUGUUUGGUUAAGAAGAUGUCGAGCUGGUUGUAGUGUAGCUACAUAUAGUAAAAUCGAAGGGGGUGUGCAAAGGGGGUGGGCUGAUUGAUUGCAAUGCGGCUUUUUCCUGUGAGCUCAAGUGCGGGAUCGAGCUCUGUUUCUAGCCCAGUGAAGGAGGAGGAGAGCAAUCGCACUCUGUUGUAUCUCAAUGUCUAUGAUCUCACCCCUAUAAACAACUACCUGUACUGGUUUGGUCUCGGGAUUUUCCAUUCGGGCAUUGAAGUCCACGGGUUGGAGUAUGGCUUUGGAGCUCACGAUUACCCGACAAGUGGAAUCUUUGAGGUGGAGCCGAGAAGUUGCCCAGGCUUUAUCUUUAGACGUUCGGUACUCUUGGGCAGCAUCAACAUGUCUCGCUCUCAGUUUCGUUCGUUCAUUGAACACAUUUCGGGGAAGUACCACGGGGAUUCUUACCAUUUAAUUGCAAAAAACUGCAACCAUUUUACAGAGGAAGUGUCCAUGCGCUUAAUUGGAAAGCACAUUCCUGGAUGGGUAAAUAGACUCGCUCGAUUAGGUUCUUUCUGUAAUUGUCUACUUCCACAGAGCAUUCAAGUCACUGCAGUUAGACAUCUUCCUGAUCAUCCAGCAUUUUCGGAUAUUAUUUCGGAAUCAAGUGGAUCAUUUGCGAGCGACAACAGCGGAGAGGAUGACCCAGAUCACCACCUGCUGAAAUCACCAAAUGGUGAUGUGGCAUUCUUGCAGGAAAAACCGAUUAGACUGGCAAAGGAGCUCAUGUGACGUUUCCUUCAUGGUCAUAUUUUUUCAGCACGAUGGGGCUCUCUCUGGCCAAUGGGAUCGCGCAACCUUCAAGUUGUUGAGUCGAUGAAAGGCAUUGCUGCACGAUCGGAAGAUAGUUAAUAGUGCCCAAUGCCAGUGUUGUUUGUAAGAGUGGUAUAGUUCAUACAUGCAUUCUAUUCAUGCAGCGUACAUCGUGUAUGCUGUAACUCUCGCUUUGUUCAACAAUGUAGAUACCAGAAAAGAUCUUUUCCUGGCAUUCCAUCUGCAGUUCCCUGUUUUGUAUCGUGGAUCUCAACCCUUUGUUGUGUGGGGUGUUCUUUUCAACGGUUGUGCAAUUUGUCUAGUAAA